AACCCAGUAGUCGAGCGGCCCAACCAUCGCUCGGUCUCGAGACAGAGACGAAAAACAUUCCGAGACGAAGAGCCAGCGCAGCGGUCUCCCGAGAGAGGUGUUCGUCGUGCUAAUUCGACGGUAAGGACGUGGUGCGCAGGCGGAGCACACUCCUCGUCGCCGCGUUCGCGGACCUUAUACCGUAUACCUGCAGUCCUCUCGGUAGGGAAUAGGAUAUCAGCUAGUGCGCGAGUGUAUUCGGGAGAGCCGCCUCGGCUACGUGCCAAUUCCGAGAUUUGCUGGCUGUAGUAGGCUCCUGCGUUGCUGCAGCUUUUAAGGAAUAUACACCGAGUGAGUGGAGAAGACGUCUUCGUAUCAUCCCCGUGCGCAGCAGUGGCGUGUGUGUGCGCGCCCGCCCAGAUUCUUCGUGACUCAGUGAAAUUCGUGGUUAAACUCAGCAGUUUGCUAAAAUGGAAAAAACAGUCAGUUUGCCAGGCUGGUUAAGACUGUUCUGGUGGAUGUUGUGAUCAUUGAAUGUGGAGUGCGAUAUCGCGCCUCUUCAAGAAUAAGCCACAGGACAGAAACUGCAGUCCUAAACAUCAGGCCCACCAGCCCACCAGAAAAGCGCCAGUGGCCGAUACAUUUGUCGAUGUUUCCAAUAAAAUGGAUCGUAAUACUGUCGAUGAGAGAAGAAAAGUACAUGGAGUCUCUAGCGAUCAACACUCUGCCAGUGGAGAUUCUGAGCACUCUUCUGAUUCCUACGACUCUCGCCAGGCCAAACAACGUGCCUCCGUAAAAUGGCUCCUGUCGAAGGCGUACAACAAUCGCGUUCCCGAAAAGCUUCGGGAGCCGUACUACCGCGACCACGAGGAUCAGGAGCACCUGAAGCCGCAAAUCGUACACGCACUGUCCAAUGCGGAACUCUACUGCCUGGCCCUGGCGAACAUCUACUCGGACCCGAACUACCACAAUCAGAAUCACACUGGCAUCCUGGCGUCCCUCGCGAGAAAGGGCGUCUUCGUCGCCGAGCCAAAUAGCACGCCGCUCACCGAGACUAUCCUCAUCCAAAACUCACCUCUCAAAAUGUCCGCGCAUAUGGCUGUGAUAGAAGGCCUGAUGGUCUUGUACGCGAAGGAGGUGGUGACGGGUGAGCGAGUGGUCGCGGCCAUACAGCGCUUCGACCCCCAGCCCCGGCCGAUCGAGAAUCCCCAGGAUCACGAGCGGGGUCUGCUGCUCUGGAUCAGCCACGCCUCCUCGGCCCUCGUCGCCAAGAUCCAGGCCGAGGAGGCAAACAACUCCAGUGACAAGAGCAGUCGACUGCCCCCGGAGCUGCCCGCCGCCAAGGAUCUCCAGUCGCUCUGCGACGGCGUCGGACUCGCGGCCGUCGUCGCCUACUACUGCCCCGGCGAGCUCAACUGGAUGGACAUACGCGUCUCCAAGAGGCCCUCCGUCGCCGACGCCCUACACAAUCUCGCCCUCGUGCACGCGUUCUGCCUCAGAUGUUUGCCUUAUCCGAUCUUCCACAUGCAGCCCGAAGACGUCACCUACAUGAGGGGGUCCAUGAAGCAAAAUCUAGUAGUCUUUCUGGCCGAGAUGUUCAACGUCUUGGAGAUCCACCCCGCCAAGUGCGUGCGCUACCCGGGCGAGGACAGCGCGCAGCAGUAUCUGGACGCGUGCCCGCGCAAUAGUCACGGCGUAGCUCAUAAACGGAGUCUGCCGCAGUCCGUAACUCCGAUACCUGAUUUGAGAAGCAACCUCUCUAUGUCCGCUCCGGGCUUUACAGUUACAAAGCCGCUGGUGCACAAUACAGUAAAGAAGUCACAGUCUAUGCAGCAAACCACAGAAUCUCAUCUAAGUGAUGACAGAAGAACGACCAGCGAAGAAACGUUUGUGGCGCAUCGAAAGCCGCCCACGUUAAGCUCAGUGUGCGAUGAUAAAACAUUAAUAAGAGCAGAGGCCGCUGGUCGGCCGAGUAACUGGGAAGAUCAGAGACGAAGCUCGUACGCCGGUAGAAGAUCAAGACGCAACAGCGUUACCACCGCCGAAGACUCGCAACUUACUAUUGAAAACUUCGGAGGGUCCCAAGUGAGAAAUAAUCUUGUUCACGAGACCUUAUUAAAAAAAAUUGAGACUAUUAGAGAUAAUCUGCAUAACAUCGGCCGCAAUCCGGACAAGGUGGUCGGCAAGCACGUGGCUCGACAUCCUCGUUUGACGGUUGAGCCAACGUUACCUGCCCGGUCAAGUAUCCAAGAUGCUUACGGCAGCGGCGUGCAUCUCAUCCUGGCAGACAACGGGCACGCGAGCGAUGACGCGCCCCCGCCGCCACCCUCGCGACUUAGACGGCAAAAGUCCAAUCCGAAUCUCAGUCAUCACGUGUCUCUCAAGAACAUUCUACAUUCCACGGAAAACGACAACACAGAUGGCGAGGCGCCCAGUGCGGCAGGCAGCACCACAACGAAGAUGGCCAGUUUUGCAAAUCUGAGUAAAAGUUCGGAAAAGGGGAUUAAUCUUACCUACAUGGAGCAGGAUAAAGAUGAGCAGCAGUCUAAGCAGAGCUUGACGACGACGACGGCCGCCAACAAAAAACACGGCCAGAGCAAUGGUAACGGUUUUGUCGAGAAGAAGACGACGUUCGCAACGCUGCCGAACAUGACAACGUGGCAGCAACAAAGCAAUCAGCAGAACCAGCAAUUAGAACGAAAUUCAACAGAUGAAAGCAAUGGUACUGCCGUUAUGGCGUGUGAAUUGAAUAAUAUUCGAUUGAAACUAGAAGCCAAAAAACGACAGAUUGAAAAUGACAAAAAGAAAAUGGAAUUCGUCAUGUCGACGAGGCGGCAAAAAGUUGGAAAAGCCGCAUUUUUGCAAGCCGUCACGAAGGGUAAAGUUAAGUCUCCCUCUUCAUCGACGUCCGGCGGAGAUAGUCCUGUGGAGAUGGGCCCCCCUACCCCGUUAAGCUCGGCACAAGCCGGGGAACAGAGCAUUGCCGCCGAUUGCUCCUCCUCCGUCGCUUCCUCUUCCACCCACCAGUUGCCCCAGGACAAACCACAACGACCCUUCUCCUUAAAGGAGAUCAGCGAAGAUGUACGGGACGUGGAGCACAAAUGGUUGGACCAGGAUGGCGCACCUUUCGUGGAGACACGACGGACGCCGGACAUCGAAAACAUGGAUUACGAGCAAUAUCAUCAUUCGAUAACACAAAUGAACAGUAGUUUAAGUGAAAUUCAACAAGACAUUCAACGUUUGGCCAGUCAGCAAAAUCAAAUCCAACAGCAACAUUUGAUGACGCAGCAUCAGCAGCAGAUGCAGCAUCAACAGCAGAUGCAGCAACAGUUUCAGCAACUACAAAGCCUCACUCAGCAACAACAGCAUUUCCAUCCGUACGGAGUGCCUCCACAAAAUCCGAUGUCUGCACGGGUACACGAGCCACCUCAACAAUCGCAGUUUUAUCUUCAUGAUCAACCACAAGUGCCAAGACGUACGUGGGGUCAACCACAGCCAAUUCAAUUAGGAAAUGAAACCGUUGGGUACAACCAGAAUGUGGAUACUCGAUAUGUACCUCCUUCGGUGUAUCAGCAGCAGCAGCAACAACAACAGCAGCAGCAGCAGCAGCAGCAGGACCCUCGGUUCUAUCAAGAUACUCGAUCAUGGGGUAUGCCAAUUCCACAACAAAAGGGAUUUAUUUUACACGACUCACCGCAAGAACCGCGGUACCUUAAUGGUGGAGAGCAUAGUCUGUCUAGUAAUCAGCAUCACAUGUCUUCAUUUCCUGUGGCGCAAACGCUUUUUAGUCAAACUCCACCUUCUUCAGCUAGUCCACAACAUCGUAGUGCUGUUCAUCGAAUAAGUCAAUUGAUGGGUGACAGUCCUGAUGCAAAACGGCAAAGUAUGCAUCACAUGCCAAUGUCAUGUGAAAGCCCCUUGGAAAAAAGAUUGAGCUCUAUGCCACCCGAAGAAAUAGAGCCUCAAAAUAUGUCCUAUUUAGUUAACGAAGAAGACUUCUCUCAGGGGAUUCGAAACUUAAAUAUCACAUCUGGUAGUCGAACGUAUAGGAUACCAUCGCCGACAAGACCAUCAAUAUCGCGAAAUUCGUUUCAACCUCACACAUCGUUACGAGAAACGACUCCAUCACCGUCUGGUAACACUGCGGAAGUUGUACCAUUGGACGCGAGUGAUGCAGGAGAAAAAGGCUUUUAUAUUUCGUUUGACGAUGCGCCUAAGAAGCCUAAGCCUUCUCUCAGGACAAAAAGAGCAUCACCUAAAAAAGAGAGAAGCGUCUCGGCAUAUUUAGAUCAAGAUGACUACUUGUCGCGUUACGAACAACCGUCUGUUAGCAGCGUUACACUUGACAGACAACGUCAACUGGGGCAAAGAAAUUUGGGGAGAGAAAAACAAAGACAAGCUGAGGAACGAGAGCCACAGCAGCGACAAGAGCUCAGGGCGAGAGAGCCGCAACAAGAUAUCGCCAGAGAUCCACAAAGAGAGAGACACAAGAGCGAAGGGGUAAUAAUCAUAGGAAAUCAGCUAGAUAAUCCAGAUCCUAACUCCAUUGAUGAAAUGGAGAGAAAGAAAGAGAAAAUAAUGCUUUUGUCGCUGCAGCGUAGACAGCAACAAGAGGAAUUAAAGGAACGAAAAGAGGCAGAAGCACAAGCUCGUAGGGAAGAAGAAAAGUUAAAAGAGGAGGAAAGGGCAAGGAAAAAGGAAGAAGAGAAGCAACGAAGAGCAGCUAUUCUUGAGCAGUAUAAAUUGAAAAAAGCCAUAGAAGAAGCUGAACGAGAAGGAAAAAAUAUUAACAAAGACUUGAUGAAUGCUUUAAAGCCGGCUAAACUUCGAAGUAAAGCCACUCCUAGUCGACCCCGACCGAAAACGAUUCACGUCGAUGCUGGUGCGGAAUUGGAUUCCGGCGUUCUAACACCGAGUAGAGGGAAAAAGGGGUCGUCAUCUAAUUUAAGUACAGCAUCGCUGACAUCACCUACAAUGAGGAGAGACUACUACCGAGGUUCACAAGAUAGUCUAACUGCGGCGCAUCUUGAAGAACGACGAUCCAGCUCCCUUUAUCGAGGUGGCAGCCUCAGGGUAUCUUCCGUAGAUUCGCCCGAUGAUGGUCGAAGCUCAUCACCGUCUAGAAGCGGCGUACAAUUGGGACGACGCGGCUCCUACAAAACUUCACGAGAUGCGCAGGAACCUCAGCAACAGGUUAGAGGCAGGCCUAAAUACCCGAGUUACCAAAACUUUAAGGGAAGAAAGUCUAGUUCAUUGAUGAAUCUGUGCGAUACAGACAGUGGGUUAGGAAGAGCUACACCGCCAAGACGAGCACCAAGUCCUGGUAUGGGAAGCAUGAGGCAUCUCCCUUCACCCUCGGGACCUGGGUCCUUACCACCGGGUCUAAUGACGAAGCGAAGAGUCUUUGAUGAUGGCAGUAGUGACAUUAGCAGUACACCCAGUUCGAUGAUGGAUUAUAAUGGUCCAAGAUUAUAUAAACAGCCAGCAACAAAGUCAAACCGCGGUAUUAUGUUAAAUGCUGUGGAAUACUGUGUAUUCCCAGGUACAGUUAAUAUGGAGGCAAAGCGCAGAGUAUUAGACGAAAUUUCUAGAUCGGAAAGCAAGCAUUUCCUCAUACUUUUCCGAGACGCAGGCUGUCAAUUUCGAGCUCUCUAUUCAUACUGCCCAGACAGAGAUGAAGUCACUAAAUUGUACGGGACUGGUCCAAAAUGGGUCAAAGAUACAAUGUUCGACAAGUUUUUCAAAUAUAAUUCUGGUGGAAAAUGCUUUUCCCAAGUUCAUACGAAACAUCUGACUGUCACCAUAGACGCCUUUACGAUACAUAAUAGCCUGUGGCAAGGUAAAAAGGUGAAUUUACCAAACAAAAAGGAUAUGGCUCUUGUCAUAUAGUUUUACACAAGAAACAAGUUUAACAUUAUGCUACUGUGCCCUCUGUUGUUCAUAGUUACUAUUUUAAUACAGGCCCAUAUUAAAUUAUAAUGAAGCGUUGCGUUCUUAGUCAGUUUUAUAUCGGAAAAUAUAUAGGCGAAGAGAACAAAAGUAAAACUUGUCACCGAUCGGUGCUGACACGCGAGGAUGGACGAAUGAUUAUUUGAAUGUGAAUACAUUUCCGCGCGUUGAUUUUAUAAGAAUGCGUUGUUUAUUGCUUUUUUAUUUUUCUCAUUUAGCGUCAGCACCGAUGUUCUACUGCUGUAAGAUUAUCGGUAUUUACAAUAGGAAUUGUUUGUCAGCUAAAUAAUGUACCGGCGACUAACUCAUAAUUGCGAUAUUUCUAUUGUUAUUUCGCAUAAGACUAUAAAUAGUUAGUUAGUUUAUUCUGUCUGUACAGUUUAUACAUAAACUUUUUACAUUUUUCCUUCUGUUUUGUCGCUCCCCCUCUUAACGAUUAAAUUAAAUUUAAAUUACUUAUAUUGCAGUACAAUAUAGUAUUUAUUCCUGUUAGCCUGUUUUGAAUACAAUUAUUUUUAUCCCAAAAAGUUUUACAUUUUGUCUAAAAAAGUUGUCUUUCAUACCUUAACUAUUCCUUUAUCUUCAAAUUAUCAUUCUGCAUACAUUUGUAGAUAGCUUUUAUCGAUACUUUAAUUAAUCAUCUAAUUUUAUUUUACAUCUCCUUAAUUUGAAAAUUUCAUCAUUUUGAAUUGUUAUACUUUUAUUAAACCUGUAUAUUUAAGACUCGAGCAUUAGUUAUUAAAUAAGAAUAAUGAUUGUUUUUUUAUGCAUUUAAAUUAUGUACUUAAAAAUUUUAAUUUAACAAAAUUCGCUUUACCAUGACACCAUCAUUUGUAUUUUUGGGAUAAUCUCUGACUCCUAUACAACAUUUUGCUGAAGCCCUAUAUUAAAAGUUUUAAUUUUGUGUGAUAAGUUAUCUAUUUUCAUGUUAGCGCAUCUUAAUCCUAUUUCUGAUUGUUAAAAAUGACUGUUUUAUGUGCUUACAACACUAUGUGUUGCAUAAUCGGCAUCGAAUACCGCUUCUUCCAUUACAAUUAAAAAAUACGUGAUUAGCGGCUGACUACAUGUAACCUUUCGUCUGAAUUAAUAAUUUUCUAUUAUAAUGUGCAAGUCAUCAGUACAUUUAUGCUAACAUCGGCUUUAAAGACAAGUUUUUAUGCGUUACAUUAUAAUGAUGGAUAAAUUUUACAAGAUUAAUUAAUUUUUAUAAAUAACUAUAAUGACAAGAUCAGUUGUUUUUAAAAACCAUAUCCGUAAAUUCAUUAUUAUAGGAUUUCAAAAUCAAGUUAAAAUUUUUUCGUCAAAAGUAGUCAGCAAUAAGCUGGUCAUGUUAUUGUAUUAGACUUAUCUUGAAUCACUAACUCAUAACAAAAUUUAGAACAGGAUUUUUGCACAGAAUUGUCUACUUAUAAUGGAUGAUUAUCAUUUCUUAUUGAAUGAUUGUAUGACUGUUUCACAGUUUUGAAUUUUGAAAGAAGCAACAGAGUUGUCGAAAACCGCGCUUCUUAGUCAGUAGCAUUUUCAAAGAAUUUAUCUCUUCUAUUUUAAAAUAAACUUUUUCUUUCAAAUUACGGUUUUGCAAAAUAAUGUGAUAGGAACAUACUGUGAUUUUCAUUUCACGGACGUAAAUUAUUAAAAUAAUGGCAGCCCUUGAUGAAAUCAUGAAAUUUAUAAGUUUAAGAGAAUUUUUCGAAUAGUAGUUUAAAAAUGAUAAUUUCUUAAUCGAGUCUUGCAGUGAAGUCUAGAAAAAACAUUCAACCCAGGAAUUAAUGGUGUAUAGAUGUUGCGCGUGGAUGAGAGUGACACAAUGCCUCUUGCGCGACUUAAUUCUCUGGCAUACCGCUUUGUGUCAUCUGUCAGCUCUGCUGACCCUUACAUUCCUAAAGAGUUGAAUUACGCUAUUUAAUGUGCACUAUCGAGAAAAAAUUGACAAUGUAUCAAAAGAUUAUGGAAUAAUUAGUUGUAAAAGUCAUUUCAUGUCAUGUCUAUUACGCUAUUAGCAUAGAAUUAAUGAGCGGUGACAAUUUUUACAGAUUGGUAUGCGUUUUCAAAUUAAACCCUUUUAUACUUCAUCAUUCCAUGCAAUAUUUGAUUGUUAAAAAGUAAUUUUGCUAGUUUAAAUGUUUGUUAAAAUUGAAAAAUACAAGUAUCAAAGGAGUUGAAGUACGUGUUACAUAGUUGAGGCAAAACGUUAAGCGCAUUAGCCAAAAAAAGCUACGUUUGUGCCAUAACACAGUUAAUCAAUAGUCGCUCGACCACAAAGGCUGAUUUCCAACCAGUAUAAGCGUACUGUAUAUUUUGGCAGUAAAUAUUUCAUAAAUAUAUUAAAUCUAUUUGAAGAAAUUUUAAAGAAUCCAUUGAUUUUAACCAAAUAUGAAUGUUUUUAUUAUGAAUGUGUAUAGGCAUAAUACUUUGGUUUGUUUAUCAAUGUAUGUAUAUUGAAAUGCUCUGCUAUGAAAGAACAUUUGAAACGAAUUUUCCAAAAUCUGUAAAAUAAUUUUUUCUUAUUCACGUACAAUAAUGUCAUUAACAUAUCGACUUGUUCGUGUUUUCAACGAUUUUGCACACUUAAGAUAUUCAAGUGCAUUUAAAUAAAUCGAAGUUUAAAUAAAUAAGAAUUGUAACAAGAGACUCGAUUGAGUGAAAUAUGUAAUUCGUUCUAUUUUGAUGAAAUUAAAAAGCGUAAAACUGAAGAGCAACGUUACUUACAGUUAAACCUAAUGAAAGAUAAAAAAAGUCCGAAAUGACAAUAUCGAUUAACGAAAUAGGUAAGAGUCAUAGAGCUUGAUGACAGAGAAUUAACGUCGAUAAAAUUAAUAUCUAACUUAGUCACUAAUUUUAAGUGUCGGUAACGGAUUGUAAUAUCGUUAAGUGACGAUAUAAUAAUAAUGUUGAAACAGCACUCAAACUAAGAAGUAACUUCCAAGUACUGGACAACAGUUAUGGCUUACGCUUGAUAAUUAUAUUUUUUGAGCGAAGGGAUGAAAAAUUAAAAAAGUUAUUCUGGCUUUGUGAUGCUGUUCAGAAAAUGAUACAUGUUCACUUAUUGAAUAAAAGCCUUUGAGAAAACGCGCAAAUGAGAGAUAAAAAAUUAUAUGAAAGAAAAGUAUGAGACGUUUGCGCACUUAUAAGUAAAUUGCCCUUACUAAUUAUAAAUAUAAUUAUGUACGCGAUCCUUAUAAUUUCAGUCAUAACAUGAAACCGUUAGUCUUGAAAUAAUUUUACAUCCAUGUCUGUAAAUAUUUAUGUUUUUAUAUGUAUACAUACGAAUCGAAAAAAUCGCUAAAUAUAUAAAUAUAUAUUUAUGAAGUACGACAAGUAAGAUUCGGAUAAUAUUUUACUGUUAGCAUCUUUCAGCGAAUGUCAUUAAUAAAAGUGAAAUAAUCCAUAUGCGCCGGACUUUUGUAUCUGAACCUACUGCAGAUACUUCCUUGAAAUGUCCUUUAACGCGUCGUUAUCGGGGACAUAAUUCAUUUAGCUUUUAAGUGUAUAUAUGUAUAACACAAGUAAAGAUAUAAAUCAUUCUUUAAGGAAAAAA